GGGCGGGGGGGGGGAGGGGGGUGGCCGAGGUGUGUAUUCAGAGACCAACAACAGGGACCCUCAAUGUCUCACACCCCUGUGCACGUGGCGUUCGUCUAUCUGAGUCUCCGAAGUGGCCACAAGGGACCCAAGAAGGUUCAAGCAACGCAGGGAGAGGGGAGGCAAGUGGUGGGAACACCCAUCUCGCCAGACUUCCCAGAGUAGAUAUAUGACCCUCGCCCCAUUCGCACCACUUUCCGGACUGAGAGAGGUUCGCCAUCACUGAUCAAACGAAAUCUACGGACAACCGACUACUUCUUACACAGUCCUGCCCGUUCUGGACGAAAAUUCCACUUCCACUCUCAGGACGUCCGGUUUCAUCGACACUUGCACCAUAUCACCUCAACACUUAUAUACGACUACCACCAAGAUCUCGGCAAUCAUGCUGUGUAUCCUCCCAGACGAGCUUCUGCUCAUCACAGGCGUCACUGGCCACGUUGGCUUCGCCGUUCUCACUCACGCCCUGAAGGCAGGCCACACAGUCCGCUGCGCCGUCCGCUCAGAGGCAAAGGCUGCCUUCAUCCGCUCCCGACCCCAGAUCCGCGCACUUAACCUACCCCGCGCGAGACUCAACUUCACCAUCGUGCCAGAUAUCACCACCGAUGGUGCCUACGACGAUGCCAUCCGCGGCGUCUCCGCAGUCAUUCACGUUGCUUCACCACUUGCGACUGCCGACUCAGUACCUCGCGAUCUACACCAGGAGUACUUUAUCCAGCCCGCCGUCCGCGGCACCCUCGGUAUGCUUGAGGCCGCCAAGCGUGCGGGCACUGUUCGCAGGGUCGUUAUUACCAGUUCAGUUGUUGCCCUCACUUCAGUAGACCAUCUCGAGGGUCGCGAGCGCAAGGAGGCUGUCCAGCCCACGGAGAGGACCGGCUUCAAGCCUGAGCCGUAUGAGAGCGAGUUCGCCGCCUACGCUGCCUCCAAGGUGGCCGCUCUCAAGGGCGCCGAGGCAUGGAUUGCGAGAGAGAAGCCCCGCUUCGAGGUCAUUCACCUGCACCCGUCCUUCGUCAUCGGCCGCAACGAUAUCGCGACCACGGCGAGCGAGGCGAUGAAGGGUACCAACGCCGUCAUCCUCGCUACCCUCCGUGGCAAGAAGAUGGGCUGCAGCUACCCCGGCGCAACGGUCCACGUCGACGACGUCGCGCGCGCACACGUCCAGGCUCUUCUGCCCACUGUCCCGGGUAACAAGAGCUAUAUCCUCAGCACCAAGUCCCGCUGGAACGACGCGAAGCUCAUUGCCAAGCGUAGUUUCCCAGAGGCCGUCGAGAGAAAGCUGAUUGUCAGCAGCGGCUCGGUGGGCACGGUCAACAUUGACUUUGACGCCUCUGCUUCGGAGGAGGUGUUUGGCUUGAAGCUGCAGGGUUUUGAGGAGCAAGUGCGCAGUGUUGUUGGGCACUUUGUCGAGCUGAGAUUGAGACGCCCUGCGCUCCCGACGGUCUCUUCGUCCUCAAUGGCGGUAAACCAGCAUCUGAGGCCUGAGAUUGUGGCCGCAUAGAGAUUUUUACGGCCUGCUUGACGACUUUUACGAGCAUUUCUUCUCUUUCUACUUUCUACGUUGGACAUUGGACAGGUCAGCAGACUGCAUGGGGUUACAAGACAUUUCACACUGGGGACGGCGGCCGACUGUAUCAGCCAGUCAAGGCGCAUUGGAUUGGAGACCACAUUGUCAUCAUUCAUGGGAGCGUGAGACUAGGGAAAAGGCAGCAUUCGAUUCACAACGGGAUACCCCGCGGACUAGCAUCCGCACCAUUUACCUUUAGUGUAUAUACUUUUGGAUUUCUCGAAAUCCACAAUCCGAAACUUUUAGAAGCCAUCCAUCAUC